AUGAUUUCCAUCUCCGAGAUGAUAACUCCAUUGAGCGGCUCCAAGUUCGAGGCCAGUCAGCCUCAUCGACAUCGUCCGGGCAAUGCAUUCAGAAUCAAAGUUCCACCACGUCAGAUCAGCUACCUUUCAGAAGGCUCGCCUGAUGCUGCCUCGUCAGACUCAACACCAAUACCCACACCAUUCUCUGCACAGUCGCCCGCCGUUCUCACGCCACCCACCCCGGAAAGCGGAAACAGGGAAGACUUCUUCGUGCUAGAGCGCUUGAACAGUACGGUCCCAUCGUUCUGGAACACAUGCAUUCACCAUGUCAUCACACAAAGAUGUCAGUCGGCCCCCGAAUCCCCCGCCAUCGCCGCAUGGGACGGUUCAUUCACAUACGGCGAGCUCAAUACGCUGUCAACGCAGCUCGCGUCGAUCCUGACGCUCCUUGGCGUGAUGCCCGAAAGCUUGGUCCCGAUAUGCAUGGACAAGUCGCGGUGGACGACUGUUGCGAUUCUAGGCAUUCUCAAGGCCGGCGGUGCGUUUGCGCUGCUUGACCCGGGGCACCCGGUUUCGAGGUUACGCACACUCUGCGAGGAUUUGGGUGCAAGCAUGGUUCUCACUUGUCCCACUCAGAGGGAGAGAUGUAUGGGGAUCGCUAAUGCUGUUGUCGUGGAACGGGUGUGUGAGGCGUGGUUUCCUACCGCCACCACUACUACUGCUCCGGCGGAUGUGAUAUCCGCACCAUCAAGAUCAACAGCAGUCUCUCCAGCAAACGCACUAUACGUAGCCUUCACCUCGGGCUCAACCGGAAGACCCAAAGGCACUGUAAUCGAGCACCGGGCCUACGCCUCGGGAGCUCGAGACCAUCUGCCCAUCUUCGAAAUCGACCACACAUCCCGCGUCCUGCAGUUCUCCUCGUACGCCUUUGAUGUGAGUAUUAUGGAGACGCUAAGCACAUUAAUGGCCGGCGGCUGCCUCUGUGUGCUCCGCGAAACGGCACGGACGGAUCCGAGCUUGUUCGUCGAGGCCUUGAAUGAAUUCCAGGUAACGCAUGCGAUGCUCACCCCAUCCUUUGCCCGGACCAUGCCCUGGCGCGAGGUCAAGUUCAUCCGCACGCUGAUCGUCGGUGGCGAGGCGAUGCAGCCGACUGAGGCGACAUCGUAUGCGGAGCGGGGAAUCAAACUUGUAAAUGCGUACGGUACCGCCGAGUGCUCAGUGAAUGCGACGACAGAGCCGAGGAUCAAACCUGGGACCGAUGCAAACCGCGUCAGCUGCUCCACAGGGACGGUGAUCUGGCUGAUUGACCCUGAUGAACCCGAGAGAGAACCGGUGGGACCUGGAGUGGAGGGUGAGGUGCUGUUGGAGGGUCCGAUUGUUGGUCGAGGGUAUUUGAACAAUCCGUCAGUGACGGCCAAGGCGUUUAUAGAGCCACCGGGGUGGUUGAGGAGGCGGCGCAAGGGGCAGUAUCAGCAUCGGCUGUAUCGGACGGGGGAUCUUGCGGUGCGGGAUGGGAGCACGGGAGCUCUCACGCUGCUGGGCCGUAGAGAGGGCCAGGUCAAGAUUCGGGGGCAGCGGGUCGAGUUGGCCGAGAUUGAACAACAUCUUCAAGAGACGCUACCCAGGGCUGCAGAGGUGGUUGUUGAAAAGGUCACAGCCGAGUGCGACAAGCGGGAUAGCCUUGUCGCAUUUGUUCAUCUCGAUAGACAACAGAGGACCAUCUCACACUCGCCCUUGUGCGCCGACAGUGUCUCAUCUUUAUUCCUACCUCUAGACUCGGCAUCAAUACAGGCGUUUGCCAGCGUCCAGACCCAGCUUGAAGACCGUUUACCAAAAUACAUGAUCCCUAGUCUCUUCAUCCCCGUCAUCUACAUUCCCAGGACCUCAUCAGGAAAGGUCAACCGCUCCAUCUUGCGUGCAACCGCCGCGUGUCUCCCGAGAGCGGACCUGCAAGAAUUCGCCGGAGCUCCAUCUCAUAGUCGGCCGCCUGCCACAGCAGCGGAAUCCAAACUGCAGCAGGUCUACGCAGAUGUGCUCAGCCUGCCGCGUGCGAAGAUUGGAAUGGAUGACACUUUUCUGCAGCUCGGCGGGGACUCCAUCUUGGCCGUGCGCCUCCUGGGCGCUGCUAGGAAGGAUGGUCUCGCGCUUGAUAUUCGGGACGUGCUGGGUCCGACACGGUUAGAGGAGCAGGCGAAGAGAGCAGCAGCCACAACAACAGUUCCGGACAUGUCAACAACCCUCUCCGAAUACGUGUGUUUGGCCGCGCUGGGCACCGAGUCCCAUGAGGAGGCGUUGCGCAUCGCCCAAGAGCAAUGUGGUGUUUCCCGCGCCAGCAUCGAAGACGUGUACCCAUGCACCCCGCUGCAGGAGGGUAUGUUUGCUGUAUCGAUGAGCCAGCCCGGGAUGUACAGCGAUCGGAUUGUCUUUCAGGUGCCGGAAUCGGUCUGCAAGUCCCGAACUCGGGCUGCGUGGGAGGAGACAGUGCGUGCGACCCCAAUCCUGCGGACUCGCAUUAUCCAGACGCCCAAGGGGCUCUUGCAGGUUGUUAUCCAGGGCGUAGGGGCAAUAACAUGGGACGAUGAGAGACAGGACGAAUGCGACAGUCUGCCAAUUCGCCCAGGGGCGCCCCUGAUGCGCUGUUCACUCGCCGGCGGCAAACUGACUCUGACGAUCCACCACGCAGUCUGGGACGCGUGGACGAUGAACCUGGUCCAUGACCGGCUCGAGCGCACGUUUCAGGGAGGGUUACGCCCAGAGCCCUUGACUCAGCCGUUCCACCCCUUUAUCCGGUAUCUGCAGGGGAUCGACAAUGAUUCACUGGAUGCCUUUUGGCGCGAGCAGCUGGCUGGCCACGAGUCGGCCAUUUUUCCGAGCUUACCCUCCGCACAGUAUCGACCAACACCGAAGGCCGUGCUGCAACACACUGUGAAGGAUAUCCACAUGGCUGUUCGGACCCAUACGCUGGCGACGUAUCUUCACCUGGCCUGGGCACUCGUGGUGGCGCAAUACACAGACUCGGAUGAAGCCGUCUACGGGCUCACAGUGAGCGGCCGGAGGGUGCCGCUGAGUAGCAUAUCUGAUGUAGCAGGCCCAACCAUUGCGACGGUUCCCAUGAGAGUGACUCUUGGCUCGGAGGAUACCGUCCUCGCGGUGCUGGAGCAGAUCCACUCUCGCACAAUCGGCAUGAUCCCUUAUGAACAGGCGGGUCUGCAGCGGAUUGCAAAGGCCAGCGCCGACGCUGGACGGGCGUGUCGCUUUCAGAGCCACCUGAACAUUCAAGUCGCACCGGAGCAGGCAGAUCGACUGUUCCCCGUGAUUCACGGAACCCCGGGUCGAGGAAUGGACCUGACGCGGUUUUCCAACUACGCGCUCAACCUCCUGCUGCAUCUGAGCGACGAUGGACGCGUGGUCACCGCCCAUGUUGCCUACGAUCCACAGAUACUCAGUGCUGGCGAUCUGAGACGGAUUCUCCACCAGUGGGAGCACCUCUUGCACCAGGUCAGCCGGCAGCCGAGCGCAAAGCUCAGCGAGAUUGACCUCUUGAGCACACGCGACUGGGCUGAGCUGGAGCGGUGGAAUUCUAUCAUCCCGACCGCAGACCAUCGCUGUCUACAGGAACUCGUGCUGGCACAAGAAAUCCUCCAGCCACAGCGGCUGGCUGUUUCUGCAUGGGACGGUGAAUUGACGUACAAGCAGCUCGUGGCGUUGAGUGCCAGCCUGGCAAGGCGACUCAAACCUCUUGCUGUCAGGCGCGGAUCCUUUGUACCCAUCUGCAUGGAGAAGAGCCGGUGGACAAUCGUUGCCAUCCUCGCCGUCCUCCGGGCCGGCGCGACGUGCGUGCUGCUGGAUCUUAAGCAUCCGCGCCAGCGACUCGAGGAGAUUGUACGCAGUGUCUCCGCCCACCUUCUCAUACACGACCCCUCCACUGGCCCAUUGACAGAGGGUCUAACCCCCAGCGCGCUCUGUAUAUCGGCCCAAUUCACCAAACGCCUGAAGCGCGACUCGCGCAAGCGGCAUCGGUCGCUGUUCAACCUCGACUCUAAACCCAACGACCUGGCCUUUGUCAUGUUCACCUCUGGGAGUACCGGCCGCCCCAAGGGGAUUGCAAUGCCACACUACACGCUGAGCACGAGUAUUCGCGACCAUAGCCCCGGGAUGAGGGUUGGCAGCCACACGCGUGCGCUGCAUCUCUCCUCGUACGCGUUCGAUGUGAGCAUCUAUGAGAUGUUCACCACGCUCGCUGCGGGCGGGUGUAUCUGUGUGCCCUCGGAGUUUGAGCGGAUGAACCAGCUGGCCGAGGCGAUUGAGAAAUAUGCCGCGAAUUGGUCCUUUAUGACGCCCUCAGUUGCACAGACGCUGAAUCCGGCCGAGGUGCCGAGCCUCACGACGCUGGUGCUCGGUGGCGAGGCGGUUACGCUGCAACAUGUUGAUCCUUGGGCUUCUUUUUCCUCUUCGUCCUCUCCAAGUCCUCGUCGGUCCUUGAUCAACGGCUACGGCCCUGCAGAGGCAACAAUCUGCGCCGUGGGGCCCGUGCAACCUCAACACUGGCGUUCCGGCACAAUCGGCCACGUUGUCGGGGGAGUGGGCUGGGUGACCAAGCCAUCCGACCCCUCACAGCUGGUCGCAAUCGGUGCCAUUGGCGAGCUACUGCUCGAAGGGCCCUUCCUUGCUGACGGCUACCUGAACCUGCCAGAGGUCACCGCCGCCUCGUUCAUCGACCCUCCGCCCUGGCGCCUGCGCCUGCCGUUCGCUUGUCAAGGUGGCCAUGGAGGGACCAAGAUCCGACUAUACCGCACGGGUGAUCUCGUGCAGUACCUGGAAGACGGGUCGAUACGCUAUCUCGGUCGGCGAGACACUCAGGUUAAGAUUCGGGGGCAGCGCGUUGAUCUGGGCGAGGUCGAGGAGCAGGUCCGACAUGGGUUCGCUGCGGCCAGUACCAGUACCAGUACCAGUUCUAGUACUAGUAGUCGGGUCCAGGUCGUCGCCGAGACCGUCUCGCUGCCUAUGGCCAAUGGCACAGCUUCCACUCUACUCGUGGCCUUCAUCGAGCGGCCACAGCCCAAGAAGAGCCUCCUGCUUCUAUCCCCGCCGGAUGCUGGGUUCCAACACUCCAUUUCGCGCGUGCAGUCGCACCUCGAAUCCAAACUCCCGCCGUACAUGGUCCCCUCGAUGUACAUACCGGUGCACCAAGUUCCCAUGACGGUAACAGGCAAGAUCGACCGGCGGCUACUGCGCGAUGCCGCCGGGAGUCUCACGCCGCAAGCUCUCCAACAAUACCGCGUCAGCGACCAACGCCGCUCAACGCGUACUCCAGUGUGCAGCGCAGCCGCACAUCGUCUUCGCGUGAUCUGGGCGGAGCUCCUCGGCGUCCCUUGUGAGACGAUCGGUGCGGAGGAUACCUUUAUCUCGCACGGGGGUGAUUCGGUAAUGGCCAUGCGGAUGAUUGCUAUCGCGCGGCGAGAGGGGUUCAGAUUUACGGUAGCAGACGUGCUCAAUAAUGGGACAUUGUUGGGCUUAUCGAUUCAACAGGCCUCGCCGUCUCCGGAACUCUCUCGGUCAUGGAUUUCAGGUGUCCAGAAUGGAGUAGUCCACCGCCAUCCGGCCACAGAUAUGCAAGCCUUCCUGGUCCACAGGUACCCCUGGACGCACUGGCGCUUUAGCAUCGAGGGAGAGGUGGAUACAGAACGACUGCGCACAGCAUGCACGCGUCUUGUUGCAGCUCAUAGCAUCCUGCGGACCAGGUUUGAGCGUGAUCCGUCAGGAAGCGCGAAUCCAGUUCAGAUUGUGAUGAAGGAACUGAACCCUUCCUUGCACACGGCAACCAUCGACGACGACGAGGAUCUCGAGCGACACAGCGAGUUGCUCUCGGAGAGCGAGCAGUCCGUGGACGUGAUGACCGUCAGCGCACAGCAGCCUCCCACCCGGUUCACUCUCGUCUCCAACCCCCGCCGCACAGGUCACGUCUUGGUUGUCCGUCUCUCCCACGCGCAAUACGACGGGAUCUGCGUGCCCAAGAUCUUUGCUGAUCUCGAAACGCUCUACAAUCAACCCGAUAGCCAGGUCAUAGCCCCGACGGAUUUUGAGCGCUACCUUCACGAGCGCACCGCCUACGGAGCCCAGAACCAGCGCGCUCUCGAUUUCUGGUGCGAGUACCUCACCGACUGUCCGCCUCCUACAGCCUUGCAUGCCAACUUGCUACCAUCGUCGCCAUCAUUCACGGUUUCUUCUCCCCAACCUUCGUCUCCUAUAACAUCCGCUUCCCAAACACUCCCCUACUCCUCCCUGCCCACAGGAACAACACUGGCAAUGAUAAUCAAAGCCUCCGCAUGCCUCGCCCUCGCGCACCGAACACGCCAACACGACAUACUGGUGGGCCAAAUCGUCAACGGGCGCAGCAUCCCCAUCUCCCAGAUCGACGAGGUCGUCGGGCCCUGCGUCAACUGUAUCCCCUUCCGCGCGGUCGUCGCGCCAACCCUAACGGUGAGGGAGUAUCUACGCCAUAUCCGGACCCAGCACAAUCGGAGUAUUGAACAAGAGGGGGUAGAAUUUAAGACGAUAGCUCACAAGUGCGCGACGAAUAUGAAUCGUUCACCAACAACAAAAUCAUCAGCAUCAGCAAGAAAAGGACUGGCACUCGAAACACUCAGCAUAAUACUCCAACACCAAAACAUCGACAUGGACCUGCACAUGAACCUCGCCGGCGCGACGUACAAAUCAUUUAGCUCAUCUGGCUCGCUGCGUCCCGCCUCCGAAGUGUGGAUUUGCUCGACACCGCGUCGGUCUCCGUCUGGUCGCCCUGCUGUCGAGGUGCAGGUUAUUGGCUCGAGUAGUGUUUUGAGUAAGGACACGGCCGAAGGGGUUGUACGUGAUGUUGUGGGUGUUCUGGGGCUCUUGGUUGAUGAUAGGAUGCAGAGUACCACGUUACGAACAUUGGAAAUAGGAUUGGCCUGA